CGUCGCAUUCUGGAGGAAGAGCGACCAAACCCCAACGUCCGAUUGGAAUCCUCACACUAAUAAGGUUGCUACUUCCCUCGUGACGAUCAAGUUACAAAACUUGAAGCAUGGCACAUUUCAGCUAGGAGUUCAGAACCCGCAGACAAUGAAAAAUGGUCCGCAGAAAAUCUACCGAACAGGAGUCAGCGUCACGCCCUGCACGCAAACGAGAAUUGCCCCUCGACCACUACGAAGUGCCCGAUGAGACGACAUCCCCGAAACGUCGCCGCGGCCCAAACAAGAACAACAUCGCAGAUACAGAUAUAGGUGCAGCCACAGCGAAAGCCUCCUCAUUGAAAGCUUUGAAAGAGGUCGGUCUCGUAGAAACUAUCACGGAUGGCGCAAAUGGCCCGCAAUCUUCGCCUCAGCCCACACCGGUCAAGAAGCGACGCGGCCGGCCCCCUAAGGUGAAGACAGGGGAAGCUGCAAACGUCGCCGCCGCAUCUACACCAUUAGCUAAACGUCGCAAAAAUGUUGCUGCGACCCCGGUCAAGCUCAACGGUAUCAAUGGCGUCGACACUCCAAGCCGGCGAAACAACGCGGACAGAUCUGCAAGGCGAAAGAGCGCCCGGGCACUGAUCGACCGUGUCUUUGGGGGUGCCCUUAGCGACGACGAGGAUGAGGACGGGGGCAUCGCGAGGGAGAUAUACGAGUCCAGCGAAGACGAAGAGGGCGACCAAGAGGGGCAAGAGGCUCGGGACGAUGACCAGGAAGGACCUGAUCCUACCACCCCCUCCAAGAAGCGAGGACGGCCACGCAAGGCGGUAUCGGCGCGAAAGCGGUCGCCGACUCCGCCCCGAGACUUGCCUCCCCACGAGCAGUACUUCUACCAAAAUAAACCGGGCCUCACCAAGACGUCGAGCAACAACCUUUCGUCGCUGGAUCUCCUCACCCAUGAAGAAUACUUCUCCGUGCUGCGCCAGCUCAAAGACCCACACGCCUCAGACGUCGAAUUCCUCCAGUCUCUCCACGCCGAGUCUUUUCCUCAGUGGUCGUUUGAGAUUUCGCAGGGGUUUAGUACCUGUCUGUAUGGUUAUGGGUCCAAAAGGCGACUUCUUCACCAGUUCGCGACUUACCUCUCAGAGAGGAGCCUCAGUCCCCAACAACCCAAGGUCGUAAUUGUGAAUGGCUAUGUGCGGACAACUACGAUUCGCGAGAUUUUAUCAACUAUCAGCAAUGCCAUCGACCCUUCUUACAAGCUUGUCUCGGGAAACCCGGUCGUCAUGGUCCAGAAUCUCUUGUCUCUGCUCUCGACCACCGGACUAACCGUAGUUCUUAUCAUCAACUCUAUCGAUGCCCCCCCUCUUAGGAAAGCCAUGACACAAUCUAUUUUGGCUCAGCUAGCCGCACACACUCAGAUCAGGUUGGUCUGCUCUGCUGACACCCCAAACUUCCAUUUGUUAUGGGACAGUGGGCUGCGGUCAUCCUUCAACUUUGCCUUUCACGACUGCACAACAUUCGGAUCUUUUGGGACCGAAAUAGACGCUGUUGACGAGGUCCACGAGCUGCUGGGCCGCAAGGCCAGGCAUGUGGGCGGGAAAGAAGGCGUGACAUACGUGCUGCGCAGCUUGCCAGAAAACGCAAAGAGUCUGUUCCGCCUCCUCGUCAGUGAAGUGCUGGCCAUGAUGGACGAGGGCGGAGGUAUCACUGCAGAAGGCCCAGGUAUCGAGUAUAGAAUUUUGUACAAUAAGGCUGUGGAGGAGUUCAUCUGCAGCUCAGAAAUGGCAUUUAGGACGUUGCUGAAGGAAUUCCACGAUCAUCAGAUCAUCACCAGCCACAAGGACUCGAUCGGAACCGAGCUUUUGAGCCUCCCUUUCAGGAAAGACGAACUAGAGGCGAUUCUGGAAGAUCUCAUGUCAUGAUUUACGAAAGCAUUAGAUAUUUGCAUUGCUAUCUGCACCAGGAAAGGGAUGAUUGCCGUAAUCAAGCGAACCAUGUAUAUCAUCCUCAAUAUAGAAUGUGGAGCCCAGAAGAAAACAUGAUAUGACUACUGUAGCGGCGGGAAACUCAACAUCGAAGACCCAAACUAUCCCACUAUCUUGUUGUUCUACCUCUCGUUCCCGCUCCGAGGCCCUAAAAACUGUUGUCUCAAACAAACAAAGAUGGAAGUGUGCUACACAACGCAGAGGGCUCGGCAUCCCCAUAAACCGUAUUGACGAGACGAAGUGGCUGUCUCACAGCAAGCUAUCGGACACAUACACUCGACACCCAAGAGAGCAUAUAAACCAAAAGCCAAGACAAACAAUU